UUUAGAAGAAAAACAAUUCAAGAAUACUGCGUAGUGCUGUUUAUGCUAAAGACGUAUGUGAAGAGGAGGGCUGAACAUACAUUCUAAUUCCUUCCCCUCCUAAUUUUGCCUCCUCCUUCUCCGCUUCGACAACUCACCACAGCACUGCCUUUCACAACCAGCAGCCACAUUAACCGACUGAGGAAACGCUUAAUACGGGAUUAAACCGCCGUGGGCUAAAGUUGUGUUCACUUGUGUUUUUUUUACCCCACACCAGGCGAACAUGGCGAGUGGAUACCAUCGGGAGUGACUGCCUUUUACACGACGGAGGGACAAGUUUGUUCUUACGGAAGAAUACUUGGAGUACAUUGCGUAGCAAGCAGCGCACAAAUGUUGGCUACUUCUGGGACAUACGCCAAUAAGAAGAGAAAGAAACCUGUCCUCAAACAAAAAAGGGUUAAGGAUGGGAAUGAAGUCAUCAAAUCCAACCCCUCCAAGCGCCACCGGGACCGGCUGAAUGGGGAGCUGGACCGGCUUACGGACCUGCUGCCAUUUUCCGAGGACGUUCGUUCCUGCCUGGACAAACUGUCCGUCCUACGACUCAGUGUAGGAUACUUGCGGGUCAAAAGCUAUUUCAAAGCGACAGUAAAGAACAGCACCAGCAAUGGAUUUACAGGAGACAAUGGAACCACUAGCAACAACUUGCUCACCAAAGGCUUUUCUGAGGCAGACCUGCUGCUCCAGGCGCUGAAUGGCUUUGUGUUGGUGGUCACGUCUGAGGGGUCCGUGUUCUACACGUCGCCCACCAUCAAGGACUACCUGGGCUUCCAGCAGUCGGACGUCGUUCACCAGAGCGUUUUCGAGCUCAUCCACACUGAUGACCGCGCUACAUUCAGGCAGAACCUCCACUUUGCUUUAAACCCACCUGACACCGCCGGAGAAGGCUUGGAGGAAUGCAUGAAAGCAGAGUACUACAAUCCUGAUCAACUCCCUCCAGAGAACUCGUCAUUUCUGGAAAGAAGUUUUGUGUGUCGCUUUCGUUGCCUCCUGGACAACUCGUCUGGCUUUUUAGCUCUCAAGUUCCACGGACGACUCAAGUACCUGUAUGGCCAAAAUAUCUUCAGGGACAACGGGUCACAGAUUAAACCGCAGCUCGCGCUCUUCUCCAUCGCCAUGCCUGUCCAGUCUCCAUCCAUUGUGGAGAUCCGUUCAAAAAUGUUGCUCUUUCAAACAAAGCACAAGCUAGACUUUACGCCUUUGGGCGUUGACAGCAGGGGUAAGAUUAUUUUGGGCUACUCGGAGACUGAGCUCUGCAUGAAAGGCUCCGGCUACCAGUUUAUCCAUGCUGCCGACAUGAUGCACGUUGCUGACAAUCACACACGCAUGAUCAAAACUGGAGAAAGCGGCCUGACAGUUUUUCGUCUCCUGACUAAGUCAGGAAGCUGGAUUUGGGUCAAAGCUAACGCCAAGUUGAUCUACAAAGGAGGAAGACCUGACUUCAUCAUCUCGUAUCAGCGAGCGAUGCUGAACGCCGAGGGUGAGGAGUACCUCCGCCAGAGGAGUUUGGGGCUGCCUUUCAGCUUCACCACAGGCGAGGGUGUGCUUUACAACAGUGGCCCAACAAUAAACCUGGCACAGACACAAUUCAACAAUAAAUUCAACAACAAUGGUGACAUGGACACCAGCAAGGAUACACAGCCCCCCCGCUCACUAUUGGACUGCUUCCUCAGGCAGGAUGAGUCCGCCUACAACCAGACGGUAGAAGAGACCUUACCUGUGGAUCAGAUCUUCAGGGACAGCCGUGCACUGGUGAGUGUGCCUAGUAACGCUUGGCAAGAAACUGGCGUGGCAGCCACUUCCAGUGCCCCACCCGUGGUUAAAGAGGAGGCCAAGCAGUCGGCGAUGACUGUGAUCGAUAAUCUGCGGGAUAUGGCGCAGAAUGGUGAUUUUGGUGGCACCCUGAAUGACCUGGUGAUCAACGAUUCUGAGCUGAUGCAGUUUAAAGAGUCUCUCAAGCGGUUGGGUGAGGAGGGUUAUCAGCAAGAGACCAUGAGGUCCGAUCUGGACAACGUCCUCCUGUGUGAGAUAUUUGACCACAUCGAUUCUGUUUUGUACAAGGAGAAUGCCCAAGAAUGCCCUGCCUCUUGCCUGAAGCAAGAUGCUUUAAUGCUGCCGCCACAGCAGUUCCCGAUACCAUCACAGGGUGGGAUUAUCCCACAAAAAAACAGCUUCUACUCCGGGGAAAUCUCAGCAGAAUCUGCUCCGACAUACAACAGUGCAAAGAAACUUUCCCACUGUGGGCCCUUGCCAGGUCCCGCAAAUGAGCUCAAGGCUCCUCUUCAGCAGCUGCAACUCCAUAACAUUUUCAGCCCAGAAAUAGAACUUCCAGAACUUAUUGUGCCUGAUUUGUCUGCUGUUGGUGGUCCUGUUCACUUUUCAGGACUUGGACAGCAGCAGCAGCCGGUUCAACACCAUCAAAAUAAUAGCUACUCUGUGAUACCACAAGUUCCUUGCAAUGACUUUAUUAACCCAAAUGCUGCACUCCCUGACCUUACAACAUUUCCUCCAUCGUGGUCACAGUGCCAUCAGGCUGUCACGCACAACGGUCCAGUUCCUGAAAGCCAAACAUUCCCCUCUGCCGGACCCUGGCCAAGGGCAGUCAACGGGCUAGACCAUGCAAAGCAGGCAGCCAAUCAAAGCAGCUGCAUGUACACACAGCCCCUGGCGCUUGCGCACUCCUCCCACCAGAGUCCUCCACAGGGCAGCUGUUACAUCCAAUGGGGUAGCACUCAACCUGCGGUGGGCUCAUUGACUAUUGGUGUGGAAAACACCAACAUCAGUCCGAUGACGGCUCCGUCCAACUUGUCAACAUCCCAGAGAAUCUAUAACCUUCAGUGCUACCAGGAAUGAUAUGCACAGAUGUUGGCGCAGUCUUCGUUUGUCGUCGAUGAAUCUGCCGGUGAUUUGCCAUGGCAACCGACCAGCAGCAUCUUUUAUGCAGUAUCAGCGCUUAUUUGCCGACCCUCGCACUUCCUGUAACAUAUAUCCUGUCUUGUGUCUAGCUCCUUUGUACUAACUAGAAACUGCAAUAUUAUAGGAAUGAAGUGUGAAGACGUGGACGGAAACAGCCAAAGAUUUCGUUAUUUACAACGUUUGUUGAUACUUACCUAAACACGCUACGCGUGAUGGCUUCUAAAAGAUUUACACACAACAUUUUUCAAGUGCAUCAUUUUAAGUUAUCUGAAACAUCCUAGAAAAGAUUAUGUUAAAAAGCCUGUAACCAUCCAGCCAUCCGGUUUUCAUUGUGUUGGGUCUAUUUUGGGUCAUGGGUAAGUUUGAGCCACUUGUUUGGGCUGAGUGGGAGGGAGCUUACACAGCCAAUAACAACGCACAUGUAAAGAAACAGCCAAAUACAUUCAAAAGUAUUUAAUACUUGCAUAUUUUUAAUUAUGGGAGGCAGACAUAACAACCAUGAGCCCAAAAUCCAUAGGCCACCAGUGUGACCACCUUCAAGUGUGUUUAUUACGAUGUAUGUAGUAUACACACAGAUUGUAAUUUUUUUGACUAAGCCGCACCCACCAAAUUUGACAAGAAAGCCGUAUUUGUUCAUAAAAUUUACAAGCCGCGUUGUGUUAUGGGAUAUUUGCACCCAACAGAGGUUGCGCUAGACUUUUUCGUUGUCUGUCAUUUUGACUGACAGGGUCAUAAAAAUCCGGUCAUAAUCUAUUUUUACCCGUCACUUAAAUUUUUAAAAUGUUAAUAAUGACAUAUUCAAUAGUAUUUAGUUUUCAUUCAUUUUUAAUUAAUAUUCUUUUCGAACAAGCUUAACAGAGAAUCCACACCGCGCCAUCACACAUCAAGCAGCUGUGCGUUAUUAGCGCCUAGCUUGCCUUGAACACGGCUUUUUAGGAAGGGUCGGACUUGACAAGUCAUUAAAAAAAAAAAGGGUUUGAGGAUACGCCUGAGAAUGAUCGGUUUUCUCUCUGCUACAUAUAAGCAAUAUUUCAACAUUGCUUACACGGCCGAGAGUCGGGGCAAA